GAGAUCUCUUGGAUUUCUUAUCUUUUCCUCUUCGUUAUCCCUCUUGAGUUCGAGUGUUCCACCGACCUCCCUGACAUCCUAACAGAGACACAGGGAGAGACCAUGGCGACCACACUCGGCCUUCUAAACCUCCCUGCCCUUUCUCAUAAACCUAUUCAAACCCAGCUUAAGCUGCCAUUUCUCUCCAAACCAUCGAAAACCCAUCUAUCAGAACACUCAAAUCACACACCAGAACACCUCAAUCAACAGUUCCUACAGAUCAUCCACCCCCUCAAAUCGGUUCCCCUCCCACUCACAGCUCUCACAUUGCCCUUCUUGGCAGACUCAAAGGAUGCGCUUGCAGUUAGUGGGGAAUUUGGGAUUCUGGAAGGUCGAACUUUUGCGCUUAUACAUCCGCUAGUAAUGGCAGGAUUGUUCUUCUACACGCUGUGGGCUGGGUAUUUGGGCUGGCAAUGGCGACGUGUAAGGACGAUCCAGAACGAGAUCAAUGAGCUCAAGAAGCAGGUUAAGCCUGCCCCGGUUACAGUACCAGAAGGGGCGGCUGAUGCUACGGCGUCGGUUUCACUUUCGCCUGUGGAGGUCAAAAUUAAAGAGCUCACUGAGGAGAGGAAGGGGUUGUUGAAGGGUUCCUACAGGGAUCGACACUUCAAUGCAGGUUCUAUACUUUUGGGGUUUGGGGUGUUCGAGGCAGUUGGUGGAGGCAUCAAUACCUGGUUUCGAACAGGAAAGCUGUUUCCAGGACCCCAUUUAUUUGCAGGAACAGCAAUCACAAUAUUAUGGGCAGCUGCAGCAGCUCUUGUUCCUCAAAUGCAGAAGGGAAGCGAGACAGCGAGAAAUCUCCAUAUUGCCUUGAAUUCUUUGAAUGUUCUACUCUUCAUCUGGCAAAUCCCAACAGGAAUUGAGAUUGUGUUUAAAGUGUUUGAGUUCACAAAAUGGCCUUGAGUUCAAUACCACAAACAUGUGAUCUCACUUGCUCAUUCAUCUUUCUCUUUCUUCUGUAUUUGCAGUUUCAUGGUGACUUGCUGUAAAUUCAUUUUUCCAAUCAAACUGGAAAAUAACAUCACAACGUAUAUAAGAAACCUUAUGCAGAUAUUCAUAUACAGGAUAUGUUAUGGGAUAAAGAAUGGUAUUUGAAUU